UUAGGUACUGUAUAAAUAGGUGCGUUUGAAUAGUUGGCUGUAAGUACAUAAUUUUCUAACUACUAUCUCAGUAGGUAUUUCUUUCGUUAUUUAUUUCGAAUAGGUUCGCGUAAAUAUUUCUCCGUGAUUUGAAAAUUACACUCGAUCAAAAUGAAAUUCAUUAUACUGUCCGCUGCAGCAUUUUAUUUAGCGUACGCUGUGCCAUUAUCUGAUCAAAAUGUUGAGCUUUCAUCGACACCUACAUACUACACGGAAAAUUAUGUUGCCAAAGAUCAUGCAAAAGCUGAAAUCAGAGAUAGCAGUGGUCAAUACGGUUUAAGUUAUCAAACUAUUGAUGGAGUUCAGGUACAAGAAAGGGGAUACCUUAAACCUGGAGAAAAUGGAACUUACUAUUUCGUCAGAGAAGGUUCCUACGAAUACCCAGAAACGAACGGAACGAAAAGAACUGUUAAAUUUUUAGCUGACGAAACUGGAUUCAAUGUUUUAAAUUGAUUAUUGCGUAAAUAUUUAUGUAAUUUUUGUUCAGCGUUCGAUCAUUCGCGGUUGUUGGAUUUGUUUUUAUUUUAUUAGUAUUACCUAUCUUUUUAAUAAAAUAAACAAUAAUUAUUUUCUGUU